AUGGAACCGGAUAGAGUGUCUCACGAUGUUCGUAACGUGGCUGAGAGAUUGAUCUCUCUUGAAUCGGAUCAAUACGGUAACGCUCUUGACCAAUACUUCGAGGACAACGUCGUCUAUGAAUCUCGAGGUAUCCAUCUUCAAGGUCUCAACGAGUUCAAGAAAUACUUGAACCUUGGGUCUAUCAUCUCCUUCGAUAGCCACUUGGUUGGUCAACCUCAUUACAACGAGCACUCCAAGGUCGCCAAGUUCUCCUUUUCUCGAACUAUCUAUCUUCCUACCGCACCCACCUGGGUUCCCGCUUCAGACUCAAUCAACAAAUUCCUCAACAAGCAACACUUUCGACCUAUCUUUGAUACCGAGCUUCACCUCACCGCCAAAGGCCAACGAGGCAACGAAGGUAUUAGAUAUGUCGUAAGUCAAGUUGGUCCCACCAACAGAAGAAAUGCUACCUUUAUCGAGAGAGCUCUUCCUUUCCUUUUCCUUCGACCACUCAUCACCUUCUUGGUACUCAUCUUCGCCAACAUCACCAGCUUCUUUCAAAGACACCCUUACAAUCAAGAGAAUCCCGUCAACCUUGCUCUUUCCGCCGUGGCCGAGAGCUGGGCCACCUAUAGAGGCCAAUCUAUCGAUCGUGAAAAUUACCCUGAAACCAUCAAGCAAGCUCAAAAACUGAGCGAGAAGAUUGGUCAGGCCGUUACUCAAACUCUCGACUUUACCACUGCCACUGCUCACAAAGCUACGGACCAAGCGAGAUCGAUCGGUCUUCCAAUCGAUCAGACCCAACACCUCAUCGAGAUGGGUCUCCACGUUCCUUCCGCCGCUUUACACACCGCUGGCAAUGUCACCUUAUCUGCCUUGCAUACCGCUGUCAUCAUCGAGCAAGCUUCCGUCAGUGCUGUCCAAUCACUCGCUCUGAACGCUAUCGGCAUCGCUUCCGGUACCGCUCAUGUGGUGGAGGAUCAAGCAAAGGACCUUGGUCUUCCCGUCGAUGAGUAUCGAGAAUUGACUUUCAAGCGAGCUCACGAGGUUGGAGAAUGGUUUGGCGUGCUCAGAGCUAAAGCUGAAGAGCAAGGACGAAGAGGUAUCGAAGCCGCUCAAGAGACCGUUCAACAAGUCGAGCAAGCCACUCGACAAGGUAUCCGACAAGCUGGUGAAACCACUCAACGAGUCGCUGAACAAGGUAUUGACGUCGCUCGACAAGCUGUCGAGCAAGGUGCUGAAGCCACGCAACGAGCCGCUCAAGUUGUCAAAGAGGAAGCUGGUCCCACUGCCGAUAAAGCUAAAGAUGUGGUCGAAGAAGUCACUCCUGGCGGUGAUGGUGCCAGCACGAGCACCGAUCAAGGUGGUGAAGAUAUCGUACCUCGACUCUCGUCUGGUGGUCACGAUCCUACUGCUUCCGGUUCCCCUUCAUACGCCGCUGCGGUUCAAGAAUAA